CCAGCGCAGACGGUACGGGAAUUUUGGUAGCCUUGAGCUGGGCACAAUACCUUACUCGUACCUCCCGUACAUACACCAUUCAUCAUUUCCAUUUCUACUCACUCUCGGUUUUGUAGGUGCAGCUUUAUUGCCCUUUCUACACUUGUGUCUUGUCUUGUCUUCUCUUCGUUCUUUCUUCCGUCGCUCGUCCGGGUAAUUGCUUGCUUUUCCUCGCUGUCCGUCCUCCCCUUCCUAUUUGACCUUAGAUUGCGCCAUCUGAGUUCUCAGCCUUGCGCCCCCUACUCCUGUUCCCGAGCUCAGCGAUUUGACUCACUUACGACCUUUUCUUCCAACAGCACUUUCGGACUCUUUCAAUAUUUUGGUCCAAUGACAAGGCCUUUGAGAGCAUCCUCCUAAUCCCUCCGUGCAACGAAACUCUCAAUCUUUCAAAAGCUGUUGAGUACCUGGGAAGAUGUGUCGCUUUCUUGUAAGCACAGCGUCGCGUCUGGCCACGAAGCACCAGCUAACAGAUUUCAGGUCUACAAAGGGUCUGAUGAGAUCCUGCUCUCCAAGUUGAUUCUUGAUCCCACACAUUCCAUCCUCACACAGUCAUUCGAUUCCCGCCUCCGUUUGGAUAUGAGAAGGCCUCACAAUGGUGCGUUUGGACCCAUCUGCUCACUCACUUCCUCUUUGCUGACGCGUUGCAGGUGAUGGGUUUGGAAUUGGAUACUACACCGAACCUAAAUUAGGUCCAGAACCUUGCAUAUUUACAUCUACGACGCCUGCAUGGAAUUGCGUCAAUCUCCAACGAAUCGCCUCCAAGACUGCUUCCCAUCUUAUCUUCGCACACGUUCGUGCCACGACCGAAGGCUCACUGAGCGAUGACAACUGCCACCCAUUCUACCACGGAAGUUUGAUGUGGAUGCACAACGGAGGAUUAGGAGGAUGGAAACAAAUCAAGCGGCCCCUAGGUCAGCGGCUGGCAGACAAGUGGUACUUGGGUGUACAUGGUGGAACAGACAGCGAAUGGGCGUUUGCUUUGUAUCUGGACACCCUCGAGCGCAUGGGACACAACCCAAGCUCUCCCCCACAGACCGGAUUUGGACCGGGUGUUCUACGACAAGCUAUGCUGAGAACAAUCCAACAGAUCAACGACUUUAUUGCGGACAUUCCACAAAGUGUGGUGGAGGAGGAGAAUGUAGACACCAGAAGUUUGUUGAACUUUGCUAUCACGGACGGGCAUAGUGUUGUCUGUACUCGAUAUGUCAGUAGUCGUACCGACGAAGCGGCUAGUCUGUACUAUUCUUCGGGAACCACGUGGGAAGACAAGAGUACAAAAGGCGAAUACCAGAUGGAUCGUCGGGAUAAAGGUGCCGAUAUUGUUUUGGUUGCCAGCGAGCCCUUGACGUUUGAAAGAGAAAGCUGGGUCACAGUCCCAACAAACUCGACCUUGACAAUUCACAAGCAAACGGUCAUGGUACAUCCAAUCAUUGAUGAAUACUAUAGCUACAAUCCAUACCACCGUCGUUCCUCUCAAUUCGCCCAAGACAAGGGCUUGGUCACGAACGAGAAGGGCGUCCGUAAUGGCACGAAAUCCGCAAAAUCUCCAGGCGUUGCACCUCGCAAGGUAUCAAAUAUGUCAUCUAGCCUACAUGAAAGCCUCGCCAGCACCCUCACUCCUUCCAUGCAUGCUACUUCAGGCUCGCCAGCACUAACACCCGCCAACGAGACCGUCCCUCCAAGAAUCUCAACUCCACCAUCUGACCUUCGCAAUUUAUCACCGCUACAGAGCCUCAGCUUACGAGACUCUUCCAAGCCACCAGAGCAAGGGAACACAAAGAAGAAGCGAAAGUCUCUUUCGGCCAUGGAACCUCCACAAAUCAAUCACCCUGUUCCAGAUCCGGAGCCUGACUCUCCGCCACCAAGAAAUUAUGGCGACCCAUUGAAAAUAGCUCAAUACUUCCCUGAGCUGCACCAGAUGUGAUGGAAGUUCUACUUUGUAUUAUCUAGUUGUGCGGCAGUGUUUGGAUGAAUACUGCCUACGGCGUUGCGUUAGUUUUCAUGAUGUUUGACACACCAAAAUUAGCGAAUGGCCUUUCUUGGGAUGGUGGCGUUCAAUUCUUUAGCAAAGGCAUUUGCACGUAGCUGCAAUGUGUGGCUAAUUUGAUAGCGUAUUGGCGUUGGAUGAAUAGAGAUAUAUGAAUUUUGUUUGUCCAGCUCAGCCAAUCUUGAAGGAACC